CUCGCAGUACGUAGCGCGGUGCGACUGCGAAUCAGAUUCUUUACUAGCUUUGUAGAGGAGGCAAGGAGCGCUAGGCGAAGAAUAAUCCAAUAGAUCCUGGAGAAAGUGAAACUCGUUAAAGAAAUUGUUAUUGCUUCAGUGACCUACCGACGUACUAGUUGUAGUGGAUAGUCAUCGCAUACUUGUCCUCCGAUACUAGGGUAGCGGUAGUUGAGCAGGCUUCUCAAAAAAAUGGCUUCUCAGCAAGUUGUCCCUCUCGUGGAAGGCUGGAAACGAAUCCAUGAUGAUGGAGUCCAAGUGCUUGAGGAGUUUCUCCAGAGCGGGAAGCCCAAGGAAGAUGUGAAGCAGCCAGACGACAUCACCAAGCCGAGGAGGAUAUUCUCCAAUGCCAGUUACACAGAGUUGUACACUUUGGUCUACAACAUGUGCACGCAGAGGAGUCCGAAUAACUGGUAAGGCAAUAAUUGAUGAUGAUGUAGUUGUACCAGAGCAGUAAGAGUAUGUAAUAUUUUCGAUGUAGUACUAGAGCUAGAGGUUGUUCGUUGCUAGAGGUGUGUCCUCAUCUCUGUUUGAGUUUAUUUCAUCUAACGGCGCACUUGUUGGUUGCAAUAUAUUGUCUAGAACAACUCACAAUAGAUACAUCAUUCAACUCGCAAUACACAGGCAGCAGCAGCUCUACCAGAAAUAUGCAGAAACAAUGACUCUCUACAUUACGAAGAAAGUCCUUCAUGGCUUGGAUAAGCGUGCUGGUGUGGAUUUGCUACAGGCAUUGGCUGAGGCAUGGAGCAACCACCAACUCUAUGUGAAAUGGAUGAGCAGAUUCUUCACAUACUUGGAUAGGUAUUUCUCAACAACUAAUUCGUUACAAAUAUACUGCACGCAUACGCCUCUACGCUUAGCACCAACAAGCGUGCUUCUAUGUUAAAACUGAUCUUUGCUGAUGUCGGUACUUCUAAGUCAAAACAUCACAAUCAAUGCUCGUAGUUUUGCUAACAAACUCUGAACCACAGGUACUACGUUAAUAAUUGCAUCUUCUUGCUGUCAAAGGCUAAUAUUCCAUCUUUACCAACACGUCAAGAAAACACAAUCAAUGCUCGUUUCCCUAACAAACUCUCUCUCAAGCAGUCACCUUCACGGACGCUCUACUCUUAACAACAAAAGCAAUCCAACCCUCCUCCAAGAACCACAGGUACUACGUUAAAUUGCAAGCCGUUCCGUCUCUAUCUGCCAAAGGCUAUUCCAUCUUCUACCAGCACGUGUUUCAACACGUGAGAAAUGAAACUAGGGAAGCUCUGUUGCAGUCUAUCCGUCAGGAGCGAGAGGGAGAGGCAUCUUUUGACGAGGAUUUAGUCAAAUCCGUUGUCUCAAUCUUUAUUGACUUGGGAGUGUGCGUCACAGCAGGAAGCAGAGGAGAUGCGCCUGAUCAUGUAGUAUUUUCUACUUCCUUACUAGAUUCUUCAACAUAUCAAUUUGGGGGCAAAAAUUACCAUGCUGGUAGACGUAGAAGCACUACACGAUCAAAAAUUAUAGGGACUACUGUUGUUGACAAAAAUUAUUGUUCAUCCUAGUUCGUCUUCUUCAUCAGCAAGGCCAAGACUAUAAGAUCAUCCACAUCUUCUAGGGAACUACUCUAUUUCAAUAUUCUUCAUCAGCCAGUUUGACCUUCACACGAACUACAGGGGGCAAUGUCCCACCACGGCGGUGGAAGCUACGGCCAUCACCACCUGGCGAUCUAUCAGCAAGACUUCGAAGAGAAUUUUCUGCCUGACAGCAAGGACUACUAUGCUCGCAAGGCAGCGGGAUGGCUCGAGUCGAAUUCCUUCUCCGAGUACCUGCUCCAAGCCGACACAUGCAUGCAGAAAGAAGCAGAGCGAGUGAAGAUGUACUUGCACCGGAGUACGGAUAACAAGCUCAAAGGCGUACUGCUGGAUGCGUUUUUUCAAGAGGAUGUCCGGAAGAUCCUCCUGGACAAGCCCUCAGCCAUAGGUUGGCUGUUGGAGCACGACAAGAAGCAAGAUCUGUCAAGAGCACACAAGCUGUUCGCCUUGAUAGAAAACGGCUUAGCACCAGUUGCGAAAGUGUUCAAAGAACACGUGAUAACGAAGGGAAACGCGAUUGUGGAUGAAAGGUGCUAACGAUAACGUACUAUGUAUCUAUAUUAGUAGAAGUAUAAUAGUAGAUAGAAGAUAGCAUGAUGUUGAUGAUGAUGUCACUGCAGCAUUAUGAAUUUUUUACUAGUUGUUCUAGUUCAACUAGCCACGAAAAUUCAAUCUCUGUAAUUUUUCCAUUUCCAUUAUCACCUGCCUGCGUAUGCGUUGGCGUUCUACUACUUUUGCACACAUCUUCGAAUCGCUCCAACCAGGUUAGAGCAACUGUCGGAUCCGAGUUUGAAAAAAACAGAGGGAUUGAACGAUCCUGCGUUUAUCCAGAAGCUACUGGAUCUUCACGAUCACUUUAGAGAGGUGGUUAAGCUUUCAUUCUCGCAGGAUGCUUUAUUCCAGAAGGCGCUCAAGGAAGCGUUUGAGACGUUCAUCAACCGUGACCUGGGCAAGCAUUCAGUGGCGGCGCUGAUGACGAAUUUUUCGAACAGGAUACUGAAGAAGAGUACUGAGCCUAUAUUUCUACCUCUUCGCCAUCACUACUUUGAUAGAGCCACAGUCUCCCAGCUUUUGCCCAACAGGUUCGCCAUCGCUCGAGCGCCCGGCCAGCGUCUGGCGCUCAGUGUGCAAACACCGCAGGGCAAAGCGCAAAGGCUGCCAAGAUCGCGCGAGACUGCGGACGAGAGGGGCCCCAAGCUGCUCCGUGCCGCGGCUGAUGCGACCACGCUGAAGGCCGUUCGGUCACGGGACACGUCCGCCAGGCGCCGAACACCUGGCAGCACCUCAGGCGUGGCACUUUGGAAGAUGACAGCGAGCGACGCGGGCAACGGAACUGGCCCGGCCGUGUCAUGGAAUUGGUGCAGAAAGAAGGCGCCGCGCGCCUGCUGCGUCGUUGGCGCUUCUGAUUACAGCGGACAGGCCCCUGCCUUCGCUGAAGGGCUGGCGGUGGCACGGCUAUCGCUCAGCAGGGCCAAGCUUCUGAGGCCCAGGAGGGUGGUUUGGUGGUGUAGGGUUGGUGGCAGCAAAGAUGGCAAGGCGACGCCGGCGAGCCAGGGCAGCGCUGUGGCUGCGGAGCGGCGGCGUCCAAAAAGCAGCGGCGGACCGCAGACAGAGCGCCUGACAGCUGUGCCGGGGGGUGCUCCAUACCCCCGAAAUAGUCUUGCGCCAGCAUGAGAGGGGAGAGGCUGGCGCGGCUUCUGGCUUUUUUGCUUAUCAUACUGACAGGGAUGGGAAGGGCGCCACGAUUGUCGACGGGGGUGGAAGUGCAUAGGGGGGCCGCCGUCUUUUCUUUAUCGAUGCCACCGGGGCCACGCUCGCCGCGAAGUCUGAAGCAUCUGGCGACCUGAGAUACCGGGGCGCCUGCAAUUUGGACGAUGUCUACCUCCUUGCAACAUGGCGCGAAGUCACACUAACUGAGAAUGCAUCCGGUUAUAGUGUUUGCUCACUUGCGACAACAACAACAAAUAAGAGAUGUCGACUCAAGGGACUCCAGCGCAACGCGCUGCAGCAGUGCUGUCGCAGCGCUCUGCAAGAUCUGCACAGUCGGACGCACCGCGGGCGAAUUUAUGCCCUCAAGACCGAGCCACUCAACAACAACGACACGAGCUGGAUGCUGGCGAAGCCCUUACUGGGCUGCUGGACGAGAUUGGCGAGCCUUCUUCUGCUCUGUGGGCGCAAGUGAGUGGCGCUUGUAUUAGGGAGCAGAAUCCUGGAGAGAGGGCGGACUGUUUUGCCCAAGCUUCUCGCAUGCAGGAACGCCUGCGAACUGGUGUCGCCCGCAAGAUAUUAGCUGAGGCCGCCAUCUUAUCAGCUGCUGCGUCGUUAACAAGCUAAAAAGUGAGGGGCAGGCUAUGGAGUGGAGUAAUUUCCAGGACCGUACUGAAGCAAACAAGAGGAGGGCCAGCCUGGGCAAGAAGCCUGACAGCUUUGCGUAGUGGUAGCCUUCUCCAGCUGGUUCAUUCCGGUGGCAUCUUGGGCAUUUUGUUGCAUGAGAUCAAGCGCGGCAACUGUUUGCACUUGGGGAAGCGUGAAGGAGGCCGCAGCUUCGGAAGUAGGAGAGCGCGGACCGCCUGACGACUGGCGACAGGCGCGGAGGCUCUUCUUGCUGGCGUGUGUGCGGUGUAGUGCGACCUGCUGGCUCUGAUUUCGUUAGUUCGUCGCUUCUCCUCCCGGAUGGCGGAUGGCGACCCAAAAGGGUCGGCGCAGUUGAAGAACCUCGCAAGAGGCCAGCGCGGCCCCAAGCUGCGGGACGCGCUGACUGGAGGCGAUCGCAGACGGCCACGAACUGCAUCCGCGACGCGGGCGCUUGUGCCUUGUGGUGGAACCCCUAGCAGGGCUCACGGCUAACUUAUUCCAUCUGGUUCGUUUCGAGUGUGCAGGCGGGAGCCUACGGGCCGCCUGAUGAGGUCUGAAGCGUCUGAUCAUGCGGCAGGCAGCCGGCCAGUGGCGUGGCUAAAUACCUUCUGCAGUACUGCUAUAAGAUGCGGGGGGAGUCGUGCGCGUUUGCUGGCGGCGGGGCUGGUUCGCCAAGUCCUUCGCGGGUGGAGUUUGCGGCCGUGGGGGUCGCGGUUGGUAGUCGUGGUUUUUUUGUGCGGUGUUCCCGCUUCAUUUUCUUCGGAGAUCUUUGGCGGUGGCUGGGGCUUGGCGUUAAGGUGUUCCUUGUUGUUCGGUUUCCAUCCUUCGGUAGACCUCUCGGGGCCAUGCUGCUGCGUGUUGCUGGGCUUGUGGGGACGGAGGCGUAGGGCAUUGCGUCGGCCCCUUGGAUCGGCGGGAGUUGGGCUGGGGGUUGGUGUCCGACGGAGGUUCGAGCUUUGUUCUUGGGCCAGGGGCUUUGCAGGCUUCCUCGGGGCUUCCGUAGGGUUGCCAUUUUUUGGGCGGUGGGUCUUCUGUAUACUCUUCUAUAGACCCCUCUAUAGGGUCUUCUGUAAACACUUCUAUAAGCAGCAUCAGAAUGAAAACCUCCUACACCAUAAUACUCAUACCAGAUGGCACUCCCGAGCGGUUAUCGGAGGACGAAGUGGAGACGGUUCUCGGGAAGCUUGUCGAUCUGUUUAACUAUCUCCAAGAUAAAGAUGUUUUUGCAGAAAUAUACCGAAAUCAACUGGCCAAGCGACUACUGGAAGAGUGCUCCGCAUCGGAAGAUGCUGAACUUAUGACUUUCACCAUAGUUGAAGUUGAUUCUACUUCAUGAUGCUGCUAGGUAGAUGAGACAAGUUCAUGGCUUCGUGAUUGUGGUGCUGUCUAGUUGUACUUACAGCGUCGCAUAUUUUACUUGAGACACUGACGUAGCAAGUGAAAAACAUACUCCAACAACAAAAGCGUGGAUGAACUUUCCAAUAGGACAACCUAUUCACCACGACCAGCGCAACUUUCCAGUAUGUACUAUUCACUCUGUUUCCCCGCCCCAAAAUUGUCCAUUGUCCCCAACCUUCGCACCACCAUGCAGUCUCCGAUCCCUCCUUCUAAUCUUCGUAGUUUUAUCAGCAAGCUGAAGAUGAAGUGUGGAGCGCAGUUUACCUCGAAGAUGGAAGGCAUGUUGAACGAUCUGAAGCUAGCGACCGACGAAAACCAGAGUUUUGACACUUGGUGCCAGCAAAAUAACAAGAAGAUUGGGGGAGUCUUGGUCGGAGCCGGAGCUUCGAGUUUAUGAUGAAGAGAUGAAUUGUUCUUGCAAUUGACCUGUUGAUCGAUCGAUGUUCUUGAAGAAGAGUUUCAUUUUUAUCUCGUCCUUUCUCAAACUCAACUUGUUCAGCUAGAACCUCCACUACAUUCAGAUAUUAUGAAUGACAUCCUCAUCUUUUGUUAGUGAAAGCAGAACUUGAACUAACUGGUCAAAAAAUAUAGUCAAAAAAGUCGCAGUGUCAUGUAUACCUAAGUUGUACUUAUAGUGAAUAGCUUUAAUAUUAUUUCCAUGCAGAAGUUUGAUAUUCCCAUGCAGAAGCACAUCUGAUUCGUACUCCUCAUCCUCUCCCCCUUCCCCUUUCAUGCCUCUCCUCGUCCUCGACUGGAGAUGACGCGGACAAGAAAAUCUCUAUAGAUUUCGGCGUUACCAUCCUAGCGACAGGGUACUGGCCACAAUACACAGCGACAGAGUUGAAACUGCCAAAGCAAUUGCAGGUUCCUUUGGACGUAUUUAAGGAGUAUUACGAUGGCAAAACGCAACAUCGAAAGCUGUCAUGGAUUCACCAUCAGGGAACGGCAGUGGUACUUGUUUAGACCCACUUUUUUUUGCGAAAAAAUCUUGAUCUUCCUCCUCGAUCCUCCUUGAUAUAAUGAUGUUACUCUUCUGAUUGCCCACUUAUCCACCCACGAGGACCCAAACAGGUAACGGCCAAACUCGGAAAGAAGCACGAUUUAGUUUGUUCAACGAUGCAAGCGGUUAUCUUGCUGCUUUUCGCGGGAGAGCAAGGUCCAGCUAGUGGCACUGGCUCUUCCUCUUCAACCAGCAGUACUAGUGCACCAGCAUCGAGUGUCGUAGAGCACACUUGUGGUUCAAUUCAGAAAGCCAUUAGCGCAAGUGCCGAAGUCCCAAUAGAAAUGGGACAAAUCAAGAGACUUAUGGGUACUUACAUCUUAGUCUUACUGAGGCAUUUACUACACUAUCUCGAAGAUGAAGUUGAAGAUAUGAUCAGCAGGCUGCUCUACUCUUCAUGUUGACCCAAAAGAACGACGAAAGUCGCAUACCCACAGACCAUAGCCCUGAGUGUAGAGUAAGCUAGUCUCACUCAGAUAGGAAUUCUGUGGAAGAAUGAAGCACCUCAUGUUGGCAAUGCGUAUCCGGUUCUACAGAAGUUUAAGCUAUCAAUCUGUAGAGCUGGAAUGCGAAUGCGUAGUGAGGUUACAUGAAAAAGAAAAUGAUCGUCCGGUGAUAGUGAGUCCUAAAAAUGGAAAUAUCAACAAAUUUUCUCCGAUACAAUGAAUUACAAGAAUCCACAUCAUGAUCAGGGUCCUCACACAAUUGUUCACCAUUUACCAUCAACCUCAACAGAUUCUGGUAUUAAAACUGUCUGGUACCAUGUUUUGCUCGAGUAAAACAAUUCUCACAUCAUCAAGGCACUCUCGCCUGCUCGAAGCACCGUGUCCUCGCCAUCAAGAGAAAUGGUGAGAUAGUCGACCAACCCAAAACGAUUCACGAAAGCGACGUUUUCUUAGCGAAUGAGAAAUUUACCUGUCCGCACAGAAAGGUCAAGUUGCCAAACGUGUCGUCGCAGUCAAGUGGCACUGCGGUUGGGGAGGAGACUCAUAAGCCAGAGAGGGUCGAAGAUUAUGCCAUUCGGUUGUUACCUUUUGACGUCAUGUCAACUUAGUACAACUAGAUUUGGACUCUCCUGUCAGGUUCAUCUUCUGUAUUCGAAACUAGUACAACUGGAGGUCUCUAGUAUCUAUUCCGGUUUUUUCAUCAGUCAGACAGGCUCCCCACGACACAAACCUCGUACCAUAACCACCCUGCCAUCGCCUUCCCCACCUCUUCUAACCCGGAGACCGCACAAUCGCAGUCGAAGCCGCUAUCGUGCGCAUCAUGAAGGCGCGAAAACAGUUGACGCACGCUCAGCUGAAUGCCGAAGUGGUGCAGCAGCUGGCCUUCUUUAAGCCGCAGCCGAAGUUAAUCAAACAGCGAAUCGAGCACUUGAUUGAGCGUGAAUAUCUGGAAAGGGACAACGAUAAUGCAAAUUUGUACAAAUAUUUGGCUUGAGGAACAGAUCGAUGUCAUGCAGAAAAAUUAAAAUGGACAAAACUUCUAUAUCUAUUUAACUUAAAUAAUAUCUUCCAGCAAAUCUCCGGAGUCCAGACCAAUUCGAAAUCAUCUGUCGCAAAGUAGAUUCAUAGAACUUAUACGAAAUAAUUACUUCGUAUGUUCGACAUCUUCUGAAAAACUGUGUAAUUUUACCGAUAUUGCUAUAUUUACUUUUUGGUAUGUCCCACGGUAUAUUUAUCUUAUCAAACCGAUUGAAAUCAUCUAUUUAGACAGUUGGAAGAUGAAACUCCACAAUGUGGCAUGUCCUUCUAGCUUUACCCUUUCCCAAGAAAUCUUCAUGGAACCCCCAUGCACUGAGGGCGACAACUUAUCAUUUCAUACUCACAUACAAAACUUCACCUUCUUUGCAUGAAAUCUUCAUAGCGACCCAAAAAGCGAGUGAUCCCACCCCCACUGCUUCUAAAACAACAAAUUAGUCCUUCUUAAAUCUAAAUCAAUUCAAGGUCGACCCUGUUUUGUUCCUCUCACCUGUAAUAGACAUCUGUCUAAUUUUUCAAGCAAGAACUGAACAUGUUGGUCAAUUUUGAGCACGGUCAAUUUUGAUUACAUUUGAAGAAACAGAAACCAAUUAACACCCAACACUGAUGCAAAGAUGUAUGAGUGUGGAGAUCUUGUUGUGAAUAGACAUGUCAACAUGUUGCCAAGGAUGUGCGAGCCGCGCCCUUUUCUCCGGAG